UUCACAGAUGAAGACUACGAUGAAGUUCUCAUGAACUUAAUAAAGAAAAAUGCCACUGUCAUCGUCAUUUUUGGAGAACAACAGCUAGCAAGGAACAUGAUGUCUGCUGCUACAAGGAAAGGUGUCUACGAACGAUUCGUCUGGCUCGGGAGUGAAGCUUGGGGGAAGCGAGAAUACGUGUCCAACGGCAACGAAAGAGUUCUGGAGGGAGCUAUUAGUGUCUCUUAUGUGACACAGCCGCCAAAAGGAUUCAUUGAAUAUUUCAUGAAUUUGACGCCGACAUCUGCUAAGGAGACGAAUCCCUUUUUCUAUGAGUAUUGGGAAGGACAUUUGGAAUGUAGAUUAGAAGGCUUUCCUGAAACACCCUUCAAUCAACACUACACAAGAAUAUGCUCCAAGGAAGAAAGAAUCCCCGAUGAACUGUACCUACGCGCCAUGCCAUCAGCCCAGCUCGUGAGAGACGCAGCUCAUGUCUUCGCUCGUGCUCUGCACGAGUUCCAGAAAGAACAUUGCGGAGAUGUAUUUUGCAACGAGUUGAACCACAUUACUGGGACUCAACUGAAGGAGUUUGUUAAAAGAGUUCACUUCGAAGAUGAAUAUGGUAAUUCUUUCCAGUUUGAUAAAAAUGGUGAUGCACUACCAAAAUACGAUAUAAUCAACUACCAAAAGAUCAAUGGAACAAAUGAGUAUAGAUGGGUAACAGUUGGGAAGUAUACAGAAACUAAGGAUAACGUGCCGAUUCUUCAACUGCACCUGGAUGCGAUGGUUUUCAAGCACGACAAAAAACGGUUUCCAGAAUCGCUCUGCAGUGCCCCUUGCCUUCCCGGAGAAGCGAUGAUAAUCAUGGACCAAGAUGUCUGCUGCUGGCACUGCCUGAACUGUUCCGAAUACGAAAUCGUCGAGAAGGAAACCAAGUGCACAGAAUGUCUGUUGGGUUCCGUUCCUAACGAGAACAAGACUUCCUGUGUUGAGCUACCCAUUAAGCGUAUCCACUUCGGAAAUCCGUGGGCCAUUGGAGCAAUGACGUUUUCUGCCCUGGGAAUGCUGUCUUGCAUUUUUGUUGGAAUAGUUUUCUGUAUCUAUUGGGAUACUCCUAUCAUCAAAGCUUCCGGAAGAGACCUGAGCAGUUUUCUAUUGCUCGGUAUCGCACUUCUUUUCAGUACAACAUUUGCUGUUGUGGCGAAGCCUGCUGCUAGUUCUUGUGGUGCUGUAAGAUUCUUCCUGGGAUUUUAUUACACACUUUGUUAUUCAGCCAUUGUGAUCAAGACUCGGAGGAUUGCUCUGAUUUUCGACCAGUCCCUCAGAAAGGAGUGCCGCAAAGUGCGAUACACGAGACCAAAGUCACAGAUGAUGAUGAUUGCUGCAUUACUUGCCGUUGAAGCUGUCAUUACUGCAGUAUGGUUGGUACAUGAUCCUCCAGCAGCUACUUUUCUGUAUCCUAGUCGAGUAGAAAGGGUUCUCAUCUGCAAGGGUUCCGACUCGGCAAGUUACCUUGUUGGACUGAUCUAUCCCUUCAUCUUAAUGGGAUUCUGUACUGUUUACGCAUUUAAGACGAGGAAGUGCCCGGAUGGUUUCAAUGAAGCCAGGUUGAUUGCUUUCACGAACUACACAACUUGCAUCAUCUGGAUGGCUUUCAUACCAACAUUUACCAUCAACAGCAGCAACACGAUUCGUACCAUAACAUUGAGUACUCUUUUCAAUCUGAGUGGUUCUGUACAGCUGCUUUGUUUGUUUAUGCCGAAAGUGCAUAUCGCCCUCUUUCGACCCGAAAAAAACACUAAAGAAAGUGUGAUGUGCUAUUAUCAGCACACUGGUAGUUCCGAAACACCAGUAAAAAUACAAGAAGUGAAAUAGUUUUUAUUUUUUGUUUGAAUUUUUUAUGUUCUUAGCAAAUUUUAUACCCUAAAACCAGUUCUUUCCAUCUUAUGGUUUGCAGGCCACAUCAAGCCCACAAAACUGAUCGAUGGGCCCGUUGUUUAAUUAACUGUUACAAGUCGAAAAGGUGUAUUUUAACCAAUGUUAUUAA